AUGGUCAGCUUUGUAUUCUCUCAUACGCACUUGCGGCGUUUGGUAGUUGCAGCUGUUGCCUUGCCUAAACUUUUUGAUAUAUAUUUGUUAAUGAAGUCAAUGCCAUUGAUGGCAGUAAGAAUUACCGUUUUGCUACUCCUUUCUUAUGGCGGAGUUGUAGCAGAAUUAAUAAAACAGCCAAACAUAACAGCCGGAACACCUAUUGUUAAACUCCAUUGUACCAGAGGGUUUUGUGGGAAACUUCAGACUUGCUGCCCUAAAUUCUAUUGCAGAUACCUUGGAACUCAACGACCGAGGUGUUUCAGCACAAUUUGAGUACUGCUUUCACUACGAAAUAAAAUGCAGAUUUACAAAACUCAGUAAUAUGUGACAUACUGAUACAUUACUGACAUUUGUGA